AUGCUGAAGAUGGUGAUUUCUGUGGCUGCAUGCCUGGCCUAUCUAUGCCUUGCUACUGAAGGCGCUGCAGUUAGUUCCAACCAGGUUCGCCAGGGUAACUUCAAUGUACCCAACCGGUUUGGACCAGGACACAUCAACAAUCUACCGAAUGCAGCAGACCCCUGUCCACAUUUGAGAUUUGUUUGUGACAGGACUACCUGCGGGCAAUUUUGCAAGAGAAUGGGCUAUAGAAAUGGCAUGUGCCGAGCAAAGGAAGUCAGUUGCGGCCAGAUCGUAGUCGACAAGAAACAGUGCACGUGCACUGGAGACUUCCUUGGCGCCAAGUCUGCAUACGCCGGAGAAGGUUCUUCUUCAAAUGCCACGAAUUCAGACGUCAACAAUUCGAACAGCUCAGACUCCUCCGCAGCUGAAACACCAAGAAACCGUCAAGAGACCUCAACUGCCCCAGCAUCAAACGCUACGACUGCAGCCCCCAAGGCUGCAGGUGUUAACUCUGCCAACUUGGCCCCUGCUUCUUAA